AUGAACGCUGAUGUUUUUGAAGAAUAUUUUCAGCAGAUGAUAGAGCAUUUACAAAAGGGUUCAUUUAUAGUAAUGGAUAACGCUAGUUACUAUUCCCAUCUAAUUGGACGUGUGCCAAAUACUUCAUGGAAGAAAGAUGAUAUCAUUAAGUGGCUAACAGACAGAAACAUUAACUUUCCAGAAAAAUCAAUAAAAAUAGAACUACUAGAAAUUGUGAAAUUAAAUAAGCCUCCAGUACAUUAUGUAGUGGUUGAACUUGCAAAAACACAUGGUAUUGAUGGAACUGAUAUGGGCACAAGUUAA